GUGUCCUGUCCGCGCAGAACUGGUAGAACGAGCGCAGAGGGCUACAUGCCGAAUUGAUAAUUAAAUUAUUAUGAUAUCAUGAACUGCUGCACGUAUAGGAAUUAAUUUGAAUGCCUGCAAAUCUGAUGUCUGAUUCGAAGGUCAGUUCCGAAAAUUGCCGCUAAAAGCGCCACAUGGCGCAAUAAUAAUAAGAUUAAUAAGUCAAAUCGGUCGGGUGAGGUUAGGCUGCACACUCAUAGUCGCAUAUACUAUACACCGAAUGUGGAAUGUCCAUCCCGAAUUGUAUGAAUGUUUGAUCGUUUGCAUCUAUUUAGAUGUAAGUUAAAGUUAAUAGUUCUCUUCGAAAUUCAGAGUGCUGUUGAAUUUGAGAAUUUGGGACUCUUCUGACAAUGUUAAGUAAAAAUUGCUUUCUAAAAGAGGAGCAAUUUUUUCAAAACAUUGAAAAAACCAUCUGAGUAGGCUUUGGAGACAUCUGUUUUGAAAAAGAACUCGAAAUGGAGGACGUGCAAGAGGAGACCCAGUUUGUUGUAGACGAUGUUAGUAAAAUCAUUAAGGAGGCGAUUGAAGUGUCGAUUGGAGGAAAUGUGUAUUCUCACGGUAAAGUGAACCAGUGGACUUCAAAUGUUGUGGAAAGUUGUUUGGGUAACCUCACCAAACUCUCAAAGCCAUAUAAAUACAUAGUUACUUGCACAAUUAUGCAAAAGAAUGGAGCUGGUCUACACACAGCAAGUUCCUGCUAUUGGGACAAUGCAACAGAUGGAAGUUGUACCGUACGCUGGGAAAAUAAAACAAUGUACUGUAUUGUAUCAGUAUUUGGCUUGGCAAUCUAAUUUUUAAAAUGUGCAAAUAUUUUUUUUAAUUCUAAAGCACUACAAAAUUGCAUUUUAUAAAUUGUAAAAUUUUUUUUCUAAGUAUACUCUGUAUAAUAUGCACAAGAGAAUAUAUAUUAAAUUUUUGUUUGAUGCACCUUUUUAAAGCAUAAUAUUUAAAAUGAUACUCGAUCAAAGCAAAGUUAAUGUAUAAUUAUAUAUCUAUAUAUAUUAGAAAGUGGAAAGCUACUUUAUAUCUAAUAAAUGACAUUCAAAAUUUUAUUCUUUCGAUAAAUCUUUUUUUCAUUAUUUAAUACAAAGUCAUUGGAUAGCUUGCUGUAAAAGUGGAUGGCUUGGAGUAAUCAAGAAAGAGACAAAAAUAUUAUAAAAUAUUUUUAUUUUUUUGUUUUCAUUUCAUUGUCUUUAAAUAAAAAUAAUAAGACACUUGAUCAAAAUUUUAUCGUUGAAAACAGUAGGAAUCUGUAGAUUGCAUUAUAAACAUAAUUUCAAAAUA